CCAAAGUAAAAUUUUACUGUGAAAAUAUUGCAACACAGUGUCGCUGCAGGAGAGAUGUUUCGUCAUGAUCGUGUUGGAGCUUGAUAUCGACCACUGUUGUCAUUGGGAGAAGCCCUGUUUUUGCCGCCCCCUCCCUCGCUGGGCCCCUGUGUAGAGCCGCCUUGCAGAGAGAGUUCAGUCGGGCUGGGAGAGGAAUGUGCUGGGAUGCGGAGCAGCACCGACUGUAGGAAAUCGACGCAACAACUCGCGCAGUAUGGACAGCAAUGAUCCAUAUCUACACCUCAACUCCACAGGGCCGAUGAGUACAGCCCACGCCCACCCCCCUUCGAUGGGCAGCAUGGUGGGUCACCCGUCAGUCAUCAGCACCUCCAGGCCCUUACCGUCCCCCAUGUCCACCUUGGGCUCACCAAUGAACGGCCUGGCCUCUCCCUAUCCAGUUAUUACAUCUUCCCUGGGCUCGCCCUCUGUAUCGCUGCAGUCUACUCCCAACAUGAACUUUGGACCACUCAGCAGUCCACAGAUGAACUCUAUGAACAGUGUUAGCAGCUCAGAGGACAUCAAGCCUCCGCCGGGCCUACAGAAUCUGGGAAACAUCAACUACCAGUGUACGAGCCCGGGAGGGAUGUCAAAGCACAUCUGUGCCAUUUGUGGGGACCGCUCCUCAGGAAAGCACUAUGGUGUGUACAGCUGUGAGGGAUGUAAAGGUUUCUUCAAGAGGACUGUGCGCAAAGAUCUCAGCUACACUUGUCGCGAUAACAAGGAGUGCCCGAUUGACAAGCGCCAGCGAAACCGCUGCCAAUAUUGCCGCUACCAGAAGUGCCUGGCCAUGGGCAUGAAAAGAGAAGCGGUGCAGGAAGAGAGGCAGCGUGGGAAAGAGCGGGGUGAGAAUGAGGUAGAAUCCACCAGCAGUUUCAAUGAGGACAUGCCUGUGGACAAGAUCCUGGAUGCUGAGUUGGCUGUAGAACCCAAAACGGAGACGUACAGCGACGGCAGCCCCGGGAACUCGACCAAUGACCCUGUCACCAAUAUCUGCCAAGCAGCAGACAAACAGCUUUUCACUUUGGUGGAGUGGGCGAAAAGGAUCCCGCACUUCUCCGAGCUCCCCCUCGAUGACCAGGUCAUCUUACUACGAGCAGGGUGGAAUGAGCUACUAAUUGCCUCAUUCUCACAUCGCUCGGUCACGGUAAAAGACGGUAUCCUGCUGGCAACAGGUCUUCACGUCCACAGAAGCAGCGCCCACAGUGCUGGAGUUGGCUCCAUCUUUGACAGAGUACUCACAGAGUUAGUGUCUAAAAUGAAAGAUAUGCAGAUGGAUAAGACGGAGCUCGGCUGCUUGCGAGCGAUUGUCCUCUUCAAUCCAGAUGCUAAAGGUUUGUCUAACCCAUCAGAGGUUGAGGGGCUGAGAGAAAAGGUCUAUGCUUCAUUGGAGUCGUAUACAAAACAGAAGUACCCGGACCAGCCUGGCAGGUUUGCCAAACUGCUGCUGCGCCUGCCUGCCCUGCGCUCCAUCGGCCUCAAAUGUUUGGAGCAUCUGUUCUUCUUCAAGCUAAUUGGGGACACGCCUAUUGACACCUUUUUGAUGGAGAUGCUGGAGGCUCCGCAUCAGAUCACAUGACACACGUCUUCCCCUUUCCCUUGUACAUACUCCCGCAUCAUGAGCAAUAUGAAGAUGGAAUUAAAAAGACUUGAUUGAAAUGUAAAACAGCUUAUUUUGUACCCAUUUAAAAAGAAAAUUGCAAUUAAAAUGUUUAAAAAAAUGUGGUUGUGGGGAUGGUGGAGUCAUAACACGAUAAAUUCCAAUAGAGUUGGUAUGGGAUUUUGUAAAUAGUUAAUUUCAGGUGUUUGUUUCAAAAGCCACCCAAUGCAAUUUGAAAAAAAAAA